AAUGGCUAUGGAAGAAUUCAACACCUUUAUCAAAAGCCAAGUCGAUGACAUUGACUCAAUAGAAGCCUAUGUCAACAUCAAGCGGUUUGCCAAAGUCACCGAGAAAAAAGUCCUGAACUACCUUGAGGAUGAAGUCGGCAUACUGGAUAAAUAUGCUAUAUCCGAAAUUGCGUCUGAAUAUAAAAAAUCUGUGGACGUCAUCCAGGAUAUAGAUUUUAAGGAGAUCCAGCUUCUUCACAUCAUUGGACUCCAUUUCCAGCGACUCAAAGAAAAGCUCAAGGUUAUCGUCCAGGACUCAAACCAACGGAGGUGUCCAAAUAAACAAGGUGCAGACAGCUGUGGAUUAAUGGUGCAAACCUACAUCAACUGUCAGACCUGCGCCGAGGAGAAGGUUGUCUGCGCCGGGGGCCCUCCAAAAAAUCAAGACUACUUGGAGAGAUGCAGCUGCCUAUGCACCUCCAACAGAUGUUUUGAUCUGAAAACUGGACGGUCCUGCUCUCCAUGUAAAGAUCACAAGUCUCACCUGGCAGAGACUGUAAACUGUGGAGAGAUAAAUAUAAAAAUCCCAGAAUAUGAAGAACUAGUUCUGGACUGUACUUUUGAAUGGUACGCAAGGCUGGAGGACACCUAUAACAACGUGUUCACCCUGCAGAAAGUCCUUUUACCCAAUAUCAUCACCAGGCUGCUCAAUAUGGUCUAA